UUCCAAAAAGCUACUCAGGGUUCAAAUGAUCCCGGCGCCUCGACCAGGGGGCGGCACUUUUUGCUCUUUCGCGUAACGAACAGGGAUCUCUGGUCGUCAAUGGACGUUGGCGGCAGACGGUGCCGAUGUUCGGGGGGUGUCUUUCAUGACACGACUCGUCUCAGCGAGAAGCGAUCAUUUCUUCUGGCCCUGCUUGCGGCCAAGGCCCUGGCCAUUGUCAUUGGUGUGAGUUGUCUGUCUGAGAAAUAGACGCGGAUUGCGCUGGUAAUAUCCCCAUGUCUUCCAUAUCGCUCUCCCUAGCCUGCUCCCUACUUGUACGAGGACGCGCUAUCUCUCUUAGCUGCUGUGUCGUGAGGGCACUGCCAAGUGGCAUCCCAAUGCUACCGUGUGCGGCGCCUGACGUGCUCGUUUAUCCCGUCUAUCUUACUUUGUACGACAUACCACAUCCGGGUAUUGGGAUGCCAUGGGACAGCAUGGCAUGUACCAAUAUGGCAUGGCACAAUGACAAUGUACAGUAUGCUCAAGCCACGGGCCGCAUGGGAACCCAAAGAGAGCGAGAGACCGAACAGGCCCAAACCUCUUUGCAGCCAAUACCUACUACGACUAUACGAGUAGCUGGAUUGGCAUCAGCAGCAGCAGCACAAUCGUCAUCAUCGUCACUAUCACCAUCACCAUCACCAUUACCAUAUCAUAGCACGCACACACUCCCCAAACAUGGUAGUGGCAUCGGCGAUAUGCCUUAACUUACAAUGAAUGAGUGCUUGUUUUGGAAUCUACCUCCCUCCGUGGCAAUAGCAGAGACGGCCUGCUGGCUGCAUCCUUUUCAAUCCGAGGCACGCAAAAAGUUCGUUGUUGCAA